UGCAAGUACUCAAACCAGGUUCAAACGUCUGUCAGACAGGGGAGAGUCAGGAGAGUCGAGAGAGAAAGUAUACACACAAAACUUGGACAAAGUAGGAGUCAGUAAAUGUGGAAUAGCUUUGGAUUUUGUUAACCAUUCAAAGAAAGCAACAGUAAAAACACUGGGUAAAAGAGACAGAGGGGGAGACAGGGAGAGAUAGAGAGAGUUUUGAGAAGAAUGGGCUCCCCUGUGCACUUUACAACUCUGUUGUCUGUAGUGCUGUAUGUAACAAGUAUACAGACUCAGGAUUUGAAGGAUCAGGAUGUACUGUGCAAUGAGAACAGCUGUUUAGUGCUCUACUCGCAGCGAAAACUCUUCCUGGAUGCCUGGCGCAGCUGCAAAAGCCAGGGGGGCAAUCUGGUCACCAUCACGAGUCCACAGGAGGCUAGGAUGGUAGAGACUCUCUUUUCUAAAAUAGAACUGAGGGACAGCGACCGCAUGCGGAUAUGGAUUGGUUUGCAAAGGCUGCCCCGCAAGUGCUCAAAAGCCAGUCCGAUGAGGGGCUUUACCUGGGUCACCGGAGAGCAUGAAACCUCAUACACCAACUGGCAGGAUGAGGAGUCCCUGGCCAUCUGCUCAACUCCACGCUGUGUGGCCGUGAGUUACAGUACUCAUGCUCUGGAACUCCAGAACAACUUGAAAUGGAAGGAUGACCAAUGCUCCAUGCCUGUGGAUGCCUACUUGUGCAGGUAUGCUUUUCCUGGUAUGUGCCAACCUAUUAUGAGUGAAGGAGCUGGGAAUGCAUUGUAUAAUACUCCGUUUCAACUUGUUACUGCCUUCUUGACCCAAAUUCCUCCUGGAUCAUCGGCAACUGUGCCCUGUAUUACUAAGGGUGACCAGACAGUGCAGUGUAUGCAAAUAAAGGCUGGGACUGUGAGUUGGAACAGAGAACCUCCUUACUGCUAUGAUGAUCCCAAGACAAGCUGGUGUGAUAAGGACAAUGGUGGCUGCAACCAUAACUGUAUAGAGGAUGGCGAGCAUGCCUACUGUGAAUGCAAUGAAGGAUUCCUCCUGGCUGAAGAUCAGAUAACCUGUUUUCCAAUUGACCCAUGCCAAGGAGCUCCCUGUGAAUUUGAAUGCCUGGCAGUGAUGGAGAGUUACCGCUGUGCGUGCCCAGAUAGCUACAUGUUGGCACCAGAUGAGCAGCACUGUGUGGAUGUGGAUGAGUGCCUGCAGAGCCCAUGUGAAUACAUCUGCAUAAACACUCCAGGCAGCUUCGAGUGUCACUGUCGGGAUGGCUAUCAGUCAGAGGAGGGCACUUGCGAGGACGUGGACGAGUGUGCGGAGUAUCCAUGUGAGCAUGCUUGUGAGAACGUAAUGGGUUCCUACAUUUGCCAUUGCCAUCUUGGCUAUGCUCCUCUGCCAGAGGACCCAAGUCAAUGUCAUGAUAUUGAUGAAUGUCAGAUUGAAGGAACCUGUGAGCAGAUGUGUCACAAUUACAUUGGGGGCUUUGAAUGCUUUUGUGGACAGGGUUAUGAGCUUCAACCUGACAAUUCAUGUAGACUCAUUGAUGAAGAUGAACAACACUCUACAGUAACUGCUUCCUACCCAUUGAUCACACAUCUUCCUCACCCUAUUUGGGAACCUGAUGGCACGGAGUACCCCUGGACUGAGGAUUCUGACACUGACUGGAACAGCAAGUCUCCAGAUGGGCUUUAUAAUCUGGAUAGUGUUCCCACACACCUGCCAUGGUUCACCACUGCUCACCAGAAAGAGGCUGAAAGCACCCAUUCAAUUGAAAGCUCUCCUGGGAUCAUUAGUGUGGAACGGGAUGAGGUGGAUCUGCCAGUGACUUCCAUGGAAAACUUUUUACCUUCUACAGCAACUCCAGUGCCUGACUACUAUGAGGAUGAGAGUACCACAGAACCCACAGCACUGCCCACCACUACUGUGGGAGGUGGUGCUUGGAAAUGGUCACGGACCAGUCCUACUUCAAAGGGGCUGAACAAAGUGCAAACCACUCAAAGCCCUCUCACAACUCUUGAUGGAGUCUUCGACUAUAAAAUCAACAAAUUGGGCCCAGAAUCACAAACCCAGUUGAUCUUGUUCACUGAGGGAAAAGAGGAACCCAUUAAGGAUAGUAGCAACUGGCUGCUGGUCGGGCUGCUGGUACCGCUCUGCAUCUUCAUUGUGGUGAUGGCCGUGCUGGGUAUUGUCUACUGCAGACGCUGUACUGCCAAGCCUCAGAACACGAAAGCCCCCGAUUGCUAUCACUGGAUUGCUGGUGCCGGUGACAAAGCGGCAGCUGAUAUGGCAGGCGGUAGGGUGUAACCAAUCUGAACAAAGGUAGGGAAACAAACCUGGACAUAAAGCUUUCACAGCAAAAGGUGGGCCAAAUGAACUAGCCGAAGAGCAAUGCCGAUCCAAUCCUCACAGAAAUGUAUUAUUUGUGGAUAUUUAUAUGGGAUAUGUAACAUGGCAAGGGAGGUGACACUAAGAAACUGAAAAGCCUCUGCUGUUCCUUAAUAGACAACCGAAUCUGUUCUUCUUUUGCCAACCCUGAUCACCCUGAUCUCCUGAAAUUGUUACUCAUUCAUUUCUUUCAUAAAUAGCUAAUGGGAAAAGAGACUUUAAACCUUUUCACAUAUUUAUUUUUGGUUUCAAAGAGCACUCCACCAGAAUAUUGUCAUUUUAAAAUACAGAAGAGAUGCAUCCUCAAGUCAUUUGUUGUGAAAGAGUUUUUGCAUUGGCCACAAAAAUAUUAUUUGUUUCUACUCUCUGGGCCAGAUGUGAUGGAUUACAUUUAUGCUGUAGAUUAAGUGAGAUGGGGACCUAGUGCAGUACUGUAAAGUUUCAGAGGCAAUUUAAUGCAUAUUUUCCAUAGAAAGAACAAAGUUUAUCAUGACACAGAAUUUUCCCAUUGAGUUUUAAUCAAUAAUCAAGUAUUAGUGAGUGGUAACAUUGUCUGUACUUUGGCUUCAUUGGGUUUAUUAAAAACAAACUAUCACAGCAUCUCCAGGGAAUAAACUUAUGUCAAGAAUCUUAUGGUAAAUUGUAAAUUUUGCUAUACUUAUUGUAAAAUAUAUUUGCAAGAAUGUAAUUGUGGCAGAAUCCUAAUGAGCAAUUCAUUUUGAAUCUCUUCUCUCUCUCAACUCAGUUGUGUUUUUAGACAUGCAACUUAUGCUACACAAACAAGCAAAAACUGUCUAAGCACACUGACUGUGACUCUUUUGUGGCCAGAAUCACAUGGCUCAUACAAUUCUGUGGCAAAGCCAAAUAUUACUGAAAGUUGUUGAAAAAUCUGUAAAUGUUGAAGAUUUGCUUAUGAACAGUCCUUGUUGAACCAAACUUUCCAUUUUAUUACCUUUUGCAGUUUCUGCCCAUUAAAAUGUGAUUCCACUGUGA